AUGUUAACCCUUAUAACCAUCAACCAUAGCUCUAUGUUCGCCAUCCUCAAUGCCAUAUGGUAUCUGUGCAAAUUCCAGAAUCACGAACUUCACUGCUGUGUAGAGUUUCUCUUGAACGUUAGGGUGAAAAGAGCCAAAAAUAGAGGGACAAACAGAAAAGUGUAUGGACAACUAUCUAAUAGUGUUCAACCUCUCAAUGCACACAACCACGCAAUGCUCCCUCCCAAACGAGCCAAAAAGCAGUAA